AGCCAAUCAGGGGCCCCCACGACCGGACAGCGGAGUGUGCUGAUGUGCUGUGACUGCUGGGGAGAACAGGGGAGCUAUGCACAACCGUGGAAAGCAACACAUGGGACCACAGAGAGCUAAGCCAAGCAUCUGGUAAAUCAUCACCUGACAGCUUGGGAUAUACCGAGAGAAGACCAAAUUCAACCAUGGUGUCCAUCGAGCAUGUAGCCCACAAGAUACUGAGUUACAUCCCAUAUGUUCUUGUUUUGAUUGACAUGCGAUAUGAGGGAGUGAAAUGUGGGAAGGAUGGAAGUGUCGACAAUCACAUGGAAAUGGGAAAGAAGCUGCUUGCUGCUGGACAGCUGGCUGAUGCCCUCUCACAUUUUCAUGCUGCUGUGGAUGGAGACCCCAAGAAUUAUAUUGCGUACUACAGGAGGGCUACAGUGUUUCUUGCGAUGGGAAAAUCAAAGUCUGCACUGCCAGACCUAAGCAGAGUCAUUGAACUCAAACCAGACUUCACAUCUGCACGUCUUCAGAGAGGAAACCUUCUGCUGAAGCAGGGAAAGCUGGACGAAGCAGAAAGUGACUUCAAGAAGGUGCUCAAAUCCAACCCUUCGGACAAAGAAGAGAAGGAAGCUACAAGCCAGCUGGCGAAGUCCGACGAACUCCAGCGGCUUGUGGCCGAGGCGCGCCGCAGCUAUGACAGCAGAGACUACAUGACAGCCGCUGCCCAGCUCGAGGCGAUAAUUGAGACCUGCGUUUGGGAUGUGACCUCUCGUGAGAUGAGAGCAGAGUGCUUCAUUCAGAUGGGAGAGAUGGGGAAGGCCAUCAGCGACCUCAAAGCUUUGUCCAAGCUGAAGAACGACAACACCCAGGCUUUCUACAAGCUCAGCACCAUCUACUAUAACCUCGGAGACCACGAGAUGUCACUCAAUGAGGUGCGCGAGUGCCUGAAGCUGGAUCCGGAUCACAAGCAGUGUUUCAGCCAUUACAAACAGGUCAAGAAGCUCAACAAACAGAUCCAGUCUGCAGAGGAGCUCAUCCGAGAGCAGAGGUUUGAGGAGGCAGUGAGUAAAUAUGAAGCCGUUAUGAAGACCGAGCCCAAUGUUCCCCAGUUCUCCGCUCUGGCCAAGGAGAGAAUCUGCCACGCACUUUCACAGGCUCAGCAGGGGGGCAGGGCGGUCUCRGCGUGUAGCGAAGUCCUGCAGUCGGAUCCUGAGAACGUGAAUGUGCUGAAGGACAGAGCCGAGGCCUACGUUCAAGACGAACAGUAUGAAGAAGCCAUUAAAGACUAUGAGACUGCAGCAAAACACAGCGAGAACGACCAUGAGAUCAAAGAAGGUCUGGAAAAAGCUCAGCGACUUCUCAAACAGUCACAAAGGAGAGAUUACUACAAGAUUCUUGGAGUGAAGAGAACUGCCCAGAAAAAAGAGAUUAUCCGUGCCUACAGAAAACUGGCUCAACAGUGGCACCCUGACAACUUCCAGGACCCGGAGGAGAAGAAGAAAGCAGAGAAGAAGUUCAUAGACAUCGCUCAGGCUAAAGAGGUUCUCACCAAUCCCGAAAUGAGAACCAAGUUUGACCACGGCGAAGACCCCAUGGAUCCAGAGAGCCAGCAGGGCCACCAUCACCCGUUCCACGGAGGUUUCCACGGCUUCCAAGGUUUCAACCCGUUCGGCUCUGGACCCUUCAACUUCAAAUUUAGCUACAACUGAGAAGUCCGCUAUAACUGGAGUGGAUUUUCCUCUCCUCCCUCUUUGAAAGGGAGAUCACUGGCAUGAAAAAAACAUGUCAGUUCCUAACUGUCAGAAAAAUGUGGAGCGAAUGGUGACUUUAAUUAAAGACUCAUCUCUGUUGUUGAAUAAUGCAA